UUUCUUAUCAUGUUUUCAUCGUUAUCCUCUCCAACCCACCUUGUUUUCUAUUUUUUUUUUUAAUGAAAAAAAAUUAAAACUUCCUUGUAAAAUGAAAAGAAGAAUCCUGAUGGAAUAUCAUUGGAUGGCUUUACGGAUGGUUAAAGGUGGUAAAAAAGAGUAAAUUUUAUAGUAUGAACGCACGGAUGGAUGUAAAAAGAAAAAGAUAAUGGUUUUAGAAUUACCCAAAUUAAGAACACGAAAAACACAUGGUCUAUUAUGAUCAAAUCAGCAACACAUUUGCAUCUUCAACGUGCAUAUAUCACGCGGGGACAAGAAAUCUAUCGCCUCAUGUCAUAUAGAUAAUUGGAUUGUCGUGAAAUUCAAGAGGAUGGGACUGAAGACAGGAAAGCCUGGGUUUCAUCGUCUUAUCUGUGCGAAUGACUGUGACCUUUACUUAUUUAAAUAAUUGGGAAGAGUAUUUUUCUGGAACAGAGACAACGCUUUAGGAAAAUUAGCACUGCCCAAAUCCUAAUAAUUGGCAAGACUAUUUUCCUUGUUCACUUCAAAUAGAAAGCACGGAGGAAAAAAAGAUAACGAAAAAUGGAGCUUAAACCUGGCUUAUCAGCUCUGGUCACUGGCGGUGCUUCCGGGAUUGGUAAAGCUUUGAGCUUAGCUCUGGCAGGGAAAGGGAUAUUUGUGACAAUUGUAGAUUUCUCUGAAGAGAAAGGGAAGGAAGUUGCACGUCUGGUUGAGAAAGAGAAUUCCAAAUUCCAUGUGAAGUUAGGGUUUCCUUCUGCUAUUUUUGUGAAAUGUGACGUUACUAACCCAAGAGAUAUAACUUUAGCAUUUGAGAAGCAUGUGGAAACAUAUGGAGGAUUGGAUAUUUGUAUUAACAGCGCCGGCAUCACUAAUCCAGUACCAUUCUAUAAGGAUCAAACUGAUGGCACUAAGACAUGGAGACGUACAGUUAAUGUCAACCUCAUUGCAGUUAUUGAUUGCACUCGUCUCGCGAUUAAAGCUAUGCAAGCUCUGCAAAAGCCAGGGGUGAUAAUCAAUAUGGGAUCCUCUGCAGGUCUUCACCCAUUUUACGAGGACCCUAUCUACUCUGGUUCAAAAGGUGGUGUUGUCAUGUUUUCUAGAGCACUGGCUCCCUACAAACGUCAAGGAAUACGUGUCAAUGUUCUUUGCCCUGAGUUUAUUCAAACAGAGAUGGUAGAAAAAGUGAGCCCCUUAUUGAUUUCUCUAGCGGGAGGCUUUGUGCCAAUGGAAAUGGUGGUGAAAGGUGCUUUCGAGCUUAUCAUGGACGAGAGCAGAGCUGGUUCUUGCCUAUGCAUUACAAACCGCAGAGGCAUAGAGUAUUGGCCCAGUCCAACUGAAGAAGCAAAAUACAUGAUUCAUUCUUCCUCAAGUUCCACAAAGAAAAUCUCAUUCCAAGCUCUUUUAAGCUCCCAACUUCCUCAGAGUUUUGAGAAAGUUGUUGUGCAUACUUUGAGUCACCAUUUUCGAGAUGCUACCCGUAUAGUACGUGUACCAUUGAAACUACCUAUUGAACCAGACCAUGUUCUUCUGAAAAUCAUUUAUGCUGGUGUAAAUGCAAGUGAUGUGAACUUUAGCUCAGGUCGUUAUUUCCAAGGAAACAAGAAAGACCUUGGUUCCCUUCUUCCAUUUGAUGCUGGAUUUGAGGCAGUGGGAAUAAUUGCCGCCAUUGGAGAUUCUGUAAGCAGUUUGAAAGUCGGAACUCCUGCUGCAGUCAUGACUUUUGGAGGUUAUGCUGAAUUUAUAACGGUCCCUUCAAAGCACAUACUUCCCAUUGGAAGACCUGAUCCAGAAGUUGUUGCUAUGCUUACUUCAGGACUAACAGCAUCAAUCGCUUUGGAAAAGGUUGGUCAGAUGGAAUCUGGAAAAAUUGUCCUCGUAACUGCUGCUGCUGGAGGGACCGGACAAUUUGCCGUCCAGCUUGCAAAACAGGCAGGAAAUAAAGUUGUUGCAACUUGCGGGGGAAAAGAAAAGGCAAGGCUUUUGAAAGAAUUGGGGGUUGAUCGAGUCAUAGACUAUAAAAUUGAAGAUGUCAAAACUGUUCUUGAGAAGGAGUUUCCUAAAGGAGUUGACAUCAUCUACGAAUCUGUUGGUGGGAACAUGUUUGAUUUGUGCUUUAAUGCUUUGGCUAUCCAUGGACGACUCAUUGUGAUAGGAAUGAUCUCUCAGUAUCAAGGGGAGCAUGGAUGGAAGCCAUCAAAUUACGCUGGACUUGUUGAAAAGCUUUUGUCCAAAAGCCAAACUGUGGCUGGCUUUUUCCUGAUACAAUAUAACCAUUUAUGGAAAGAACACCUGGAUAAACUAUUUGAUCUUUACUCUUCCGGAAAGCUUAAGGUUGCAAUAGACCCAAAAAGAUUUUUGGGCUUGCAUUCUGUUGCAGAUGCUGUUGAGCAUCUGCAUUCGGGUAAAAGUACCGGCAAGGUGGUCGUCUGCAUCGAUCCAACCUUUGAACAGCAAAUGGCUAAGUUAUAAUGUGAAGAUAAUGAAAUCAUCCUUCAUUCCUUCCAGAUAAAGUCCUACGUUCUUUGCAUCUCAUACCAAUAUAAACAUUCUACUGAGAUAGCAGAAUUAUGUUCCAACAAAAUGGUCACUUGGUUUGGAAUGGAGGAAAUAUUGUGUAUCUAACCUAAAUGACAUUCACUUCUCUUUUUUGGUAUUUUAUCAGACAAAUUCUGUGGAUAACUAUACACGUCCUUGAAUUAUGUGUAGUACUACAGAAAAUGUAUUUGAUAUCACUGUUAAAUCCCAUACGAAUCACUUGUGCAUGGAAUGACAGAUGCC